UGCACACUUUGCAUACCGGCUUUCAUGAUGAAUUCCAUCGACAAGUCAACGACAUUUUUGGUCAUCUUAUAUAUUUGUGGAUUAUGUUGUAACCAUAAUGUUCAAGGUCAAUCGCAAUGGGGAAAGAAAACGAGAUGUUUAUCGGCGCCGAUAAUGUCGAGUAAAGUCGAGAAAACGAUUAAAAAGUGUCAAGAAGAAGUCAAAAUUGAGUUAAUUGAGGAAACUUUGCAACUUUAUCAUGAGUACCGCGAGAAUUUGGAGGCACAAUUACAUGCUCAGGCUCAUGCUUUGCAACAUGAACAACAACAUAACAAUCACGAAGCACCAUUGGAAGUUGUUCAAGAUUUUGGUGAACAUCAUCCUCAAAGUCAGUUCCAUCCAGAUUUUUAUACAACUCAUGGAUUUGAGGAAAUUCCCGAUAGUGAAGUUGAAGCAAGUCAGAAAAAGGGACAAAAUGUUCCAACCACACCGAAAAUGACGCAAGCUAUUACUCGAUCGAGACGAGAUGCGUCAAGUGAUUGGUUCCAUCCAACGUUAAUUUCGCAUGAAGAUAAAUGGAUCGCAGGGUGCCUCAUGCAAUGCAUUUACCGCAAAAACGAUGCAGUCGAUAAAAACGGAUGGCCCACGCUCGAUGGUUUAGUGUCGCUUUACACUGAAGGCGUCAACGAACAAGGAUACUUUAUGAAUGCAUUACGCGCCGUCGAUACCUGCCUAAAGGGAGCAUCGAAGAAGCACAAGGUCAAUCGUAACGAUAUUCCAUCUCGUGGUCCGUUGUGUGAAGUCUCCUUUGACGUUUUCGAUUGCAUAUCCGAUAAAAUUACGGAAUAUUGUUCGGGCCACAGUCAUGGCGGUAAAUGAGUUGUUUAAAUUAU